UUUUUGCUGCACUCGAAACCGGAUAUGACGACAUAAGCACGGGAAGUAAACUUUAUCUUGUGCUAUGUCUUCAUACAAAACAUGUUCUGCAUGUAAACGCAUUUGAUAUCAUUAUGGAGUUGUAGUGCUAAAGGAAUGGUCUGAGUUCAGCGGCUCCCAUAAAAAUGCACAGCCGUCUGCAGGAGCUGAAGAAAGAGGAGGAGACUCUCCUCAAAAUCAAAGUGAUGUUGCAAGAUCAACUGAACAGACUGAAGUUUGAAGAAGGUGCCUUGAAAUCCAUCAUCCAUGCUCAAAUGGAACAAGGAGCUUCCCAACACCUUUCCCCUGAACCUGAGGUUCAUGUUAAUCUCGAUGAUGAAAGUGAGAUCAAUCAAACCAAACUUCUGCUGAAUGCUGCUGGAGAUUAUGAUAUGGAGGAGGAAGAGGAUGACGAUGAUAACAGAGAGGAGGAAGAAGAUGAAGAUGAGGACAGUGAGCUUGAACGUGUGCUUGAAGACGAGGAUGAGGAUGAAGAUGGUUACUAACUUUUUCAGUAGUCCUCCAGGCUUGUAUGUUUGUACCACUGAGUGUAACAGUUUGCUGCUCUCUGCUUUUAAUUUAUAUGGAUGGCGUAAUAGGUAGUACAAGUACAAUACAAUGUGUGUUGACUGUCUAUAUGUUAUUGAUGUUUAAUUUGUUGGAAUUCAUGCGUCAAACUUGAGAGAAAUGUAUCACCCAAAUACGAAGUACACUUUGUUAUUAGGUGCUAGCUCACUAGAAUAUUUGCUUCCUGAAAAUAAGAAACUGAGCAGAAAUUCACUUAAGAAUUAAAUAUGAAGAUGUGUCUUAAAGCGUGGAGAUGUAUGGCUGGGCCAUAUAGGAAUAUUGUGUGUAUUUGUGACAAAAUAAUAAAACAAAGCACAAAAUAAAAUGUUUUGCAUAGG